GGGAAAGGUGUGCAGGAGUGCGUUACCCAGGAGCCCUACGGCUUCAGCUGUGCCCCGGAGCAAAGCCGUUCCUAACCCCUCCCUAACUCCUGGGGGUUGGAGGCGGUGGAAGGUCCCUGGGGGAGGACCUAGAGACCCCUGUGCUGUUUGGGGUUGUGCAAAGGGACUCCCAGAGGGAGGGAACCCCUUGCACCCUCGGGCCCCUCUCAGAAGACCGAAACAGCGCUGCUGGAGUGCCCCCGUGUCAUCUUUGUUGGAAAGAGUCUGUUAGAAUAUAACACUAUGCUUUUGCCAAGUUUCCGAUCAAACUUUGAUGCUCCUGCAUAGGCAUUUCUCUGUUAAAAUGUCCUUGCCUCUUACAGAGGAGCAGAAGAAAAAAAUCGAAGAGAAUCGACAAAGGGCUCUGGCCCGUAGAGCUGAGAAAUCAUUAACAGAACAGCAUCAGGGUGCGUGCUUGGGCCCCUCCAUUGCUGCCAGCCCUUCCCAGUCCAAGCGGGGCCCUGCCCAGAAUCUCCCCAGGGAUCUGCCAGUGAGCCACGGUGUCAUUUUCAAGCAACAGAAUCCCAAUAGUUCAUGUAAUGGUGACCAGAGACCUCACAAUCCCCUUAGUUUUCAUCAGCACACGGCAGAGCAGGCAAAGGAGAUAUGGAAGAAGCAAGAAGAGAUACGCACAGCGUGCCCAAGCGACAGCCUGCCGAGUCAGAUGGCUCUCACUGGGAUUUCCCCUGCCUUGGCACAAAGUCCCCUGGAGGUCCCCAGCCAGCAGCUCUUGGGUUGUAAGUUAAGUCACAGUCAUCCUCAGGCUUCACAUGGGUCCAAAUCAACACCCUUUUCUAACACAACUCAUGAGACUUUGGCCAAAGCAGGGAGUCCUCAGAGGACACGAGCUACUUCCUCCGGACAGCCUCCCAGGGAUCCUGAGUUGGAGGCCAAGGCAGAGCGACCCUCCACCUCAGGGCACAACAUCUCUGGCAUCCUCGGUGGCUCAGGGAGUUCGAAACCCAGGACAGAAGGAAGACUCCCACAGAAACUGGGGACCUCCCCCCACCAAGCAGUAAGCUCCCAGAGGGGAACGUGCGUGAGGAGUGGAGAUCGUUUCCAGGUGCAGAUCGGGUACAGUGCAGAGCUCAUUGCCGUGUUCAAGAGCCUGCCCAGCAGAAGCUACGAUCCCGCUACCAAGACGUGGAACUUCAGCAUAACUGACUACAGUGCCCUCAUGACAGCAGCCCAGCACCUCCCCACGGUCACCCUGCAGCCUUUGGAAGGAGCAGAGGGCAUCAGGGAGUCACCGUCCAACAGGGGCAGCAUGGCACAGGCUUGUCUGCCCUCAGCUCCUUCCCUCGCCUUUGUCAAAGGGCAAUGCGUGCUCAUCUCCCGGACCCGCUUUGAGGUGGAAAUCGGCUAUUCAGAAGACCUGAUUGCACUGUUUAAACAGAUGGAUUCCAGAAAUUACGAUGUCAAGACUAGGAAAUGGAACUUUCUCCUGGAAGAGCACAGUAAACUAAUUGAAAAGGUGCGCUGCCUUCCACAGGUUCAGCUGGAUCCUCUGCCCAAGACGCUCACCCUGGCUUUUGCUUCUCAGCUUAAGAAGACGUCUGUCUGUCUCACUGCAGACAUCCCUGAGGCAGACCUCUCCAGAGUGGACCCCAAGCUCGUGUCUAAUCUGCUGCCCUUUCAGAGAGCUGGAGUCAAUUUUGCCAUAGCAAAAGAAGGCCGCCUGCUACUUGCUGAUGACAUGGGCCUGGGGAAGACCAUCCAAGCCAUCUGUAUCGCUGCCUUUUACCGGAAGGAGUGGCCACUCCUUGUGGUGGUACCAUCCUCCGUGCGCUUCACCUGGGAGCAGGCCUUCCUUCGGUGGCUGCCAUCUCUGAGUCCAGAGCACAUCAAUGUCGUGGUGACCGGCAAGAAUCACCUGACAGCGGGUUUGGUUAACAUCGUCAGUUUUGACCUUCUGAGCAAGUUAGAAAAGAAGCUAAAAAGUCAUCAUCAUUUUAAAGUUGUCAUCAUUGAUGAAUCUCACUUCCUCAAAAACAGUAAGACUGCCCGCUGUCGUGCAGCCAUGCCUGUCCUCAAGGUUGCCAAGAGGGUGAUCUUACUGUCGGGCACACCCGCCAUGUCCCGGCCUGCAGAGCUCUACACACAGAUCAUCGCGGUCAAGCCUACUUUCUUCCCUCAGUUUCAUGCCUUUGGACUUCGCUACUGUGAUGCCAAGCGGCAUUCCUGGGGAUGGGAUUAUUCCGGCUCCUCCAACCUAGGAGAGCUGAAGCUCCUGCUGGAGGAAGCGGUCAUGCUGCGGCGCCUCAAAAGUGACGUCCUUUCCCAGCUCCCAGCCAAACAGCGCCGGAUGGUGGUGGUUGCCCCGGGCCAGAUCAGCGCCAAGGCCAGAGCUGCGCUGGAUGCCGUGGCCAAGGAAAUGACCACCAAGAACAAAACUAAAGCACAGCAGAAAGAAGCCCUCAUUCUCUUCUUCAACAGAACAGCUGAAGCUAAAAUCCCACCUGCCAUUGAAUAUAUCCUGGAUCUACUGGAAAGUGGAAGAGAGAAGUUUCUGGUGUUUGCACACCAUAAGGUGGUUCUGGAUGCAAUUACUAAAGAGCUUGAGAGAAAGUGUGUGCCGCACAUCCGCAUCGAUGGCUCCACCUCCUCCUCAGACCGAGAGGACCUGUGCCAGCAGUUCCAGCUGUCCACAAGGCACUCCGUGGCCGUGCUGUCCAUCACCGCCGCCAACAUGGGUCUCACCUUCUCGUCGGCCGACCUGGUGGUGUUCGCCGAGCUGUUUUGGAACCCAGGGGUGCUGAUCCAGGCUGAGGACCGGGUGCACCGCAUUGGACAGUCCAGCUCCGUGAGCAUCCACUACCUUGUAGCCAGAGGCACGGCUGAUGACUACCUUUGGCCUCUGAUUCAAGAGAAGAUUGAAGUUCUGAGUAAAGCCGGGCUUUCUGAGACCAAGUUUUCAGAAAUGACAGAAGCCACUGAUUACUUCUGCAAGGACCCAAAGCAGCUGCAGAUCUAUGACCUGUUCCAGAAGUCCUUUGAGGAGGAUGGAAGCGACAAAGCGCUCCUGGAGGCGGCGGAGUCCUUUGACCCCGGAAGUGCUUCGUCCCCGGAAGACCAGCCGGAUGGACACGCAGGCACAGACAGCCCGCAGAGGAAGAGGAGAUUUGAAUUUUUCGAUAAUUGGGACAGUUUUACCUCUCCCCUGUAAGGGGCAAGAAAAAUAUUUAGAAGUCACAGAGCUGACUGAAAUAACAGAAGGUGUUUUGUUUUUACAGCUCGCGCUCGCCUUGUCAUUACUGCAGUGCUGGUCUCAGUCCUCAGCCCAGCGGGUUUCCAGCAAUGUACAUACAGCUCAAAGGAUUUGCAGAUGGAUUGACCGGGGCCUUGAGGAAGAGAGCAGUCAAUACGGAGACUUAGGUUUUUGCCUGAGCAAACUGGCGGUGCUAUUUACUGAGAUUAAAAAGGGGGAAGAAAUGGAUGGGGACAGCGUGAAGUCAAGGGUUUGGGUGUGGCUGUGUUUCCUUUGAGAUCUUAGACAACUUGUGGCAGGCCUCAGACGCCCCACCAGCUCCCCUUUCAAGAGGGGCUCCCUGCCCAGCUUCCGGGAGUACAAUCAGGAAGUAGCUUCCACCUGGCUCCAACUUUUGGGUCUUAGUCCAUAGACGGCCACUUUGAGUUACACCCUUCCUGGGGCGACCUGCAUCGGUGGCAGGGCAAGGUGGGCAUAAAAGCCAGGACUUUUGGAGGGAUACCAUUGAUGGCAUUUUUGGCUGCACACUUACCACUCCCCCCGGGCUGUCUGAGGUUCUCAGGCCUGUAUCGCAGGUCACCUCGCUCUGUCCAGCCCCGCUGCCUCUUCCUUUCACAUGCUUGAUCUCCAAUAAACAUCUUCCAACCCAUACUCCAAGUCAGUGCAUUUCCAGAAAACCCAGCCUGCGGCAAGAUCGAAGUGUGUCUUGUUCUGAGGCAGUGGGGUAUCUGAGUCAGCAGCAGGGGAAGGUCAGAACUAGAGCUGGGGUUUCUGUCCUCAGCCGAUGUAAAUGGUGUUUAUAGUCACGGGGCUGGAUGAAAUCACGGGGUACAGUGGCUUGAGGAGAAAAGCAGAUCUGACUGAACCAGGACUCCAGCAUUUAAGUUUGAGAAGAGGUUAAGGGCACCACGCAGGGAAAAAAAUGAGUGUUUAUGAAGGUGAUUUUUUUUUAAGUGUUUUAAAAAGGAAGGAGUUGCUGCUUCAAUUGGUAUUACAUGGAGACAGUGGGCCAGCUGUAAGUAAGGGCUUAGAGUGAGCCCAGUUUUCUCGGCAGCAGUGAAAGAUGCCUAGUUGUUCCGGUGUGAUAGUGGGUGGAUUUGUUGAUUUGAAGGUUUUCACUUUACACUGUUUACUAGGUGCCAGGCACUGGGCUGAGUACAUGUUUUGACACAGUGAGCCCCAUCUUGGAGAAAGGUAAUUAUAGUUUCAUUGUAUCGAUGCAGAAACAGAGCCAAGGGAGUCUCAGCAGGGAAGUGGCAGAGCUGGACCUGCAGCUUAGCCACCCCUCCAGUGCCCAUUCUAGGCCUAGGUGUGCUGCUCACAGCAGGAGGCCUGGGGUUGCUUUGGCAGGUUCAUGAGCAGUUCACUACACAGUUCCUGUGGGGUCCAGCCUGGCUGUAAGUGUGAGCUGGCCUCUCUGCAGGCCCCCAGCCAACUCUCUGCUCAACAAACUAGAACAAGACCUGAAAUACACCACUUUCGUGUUCCUUUCAGUCACCUUUACUGGGCUUUCAGAUGGCUCCAGUUGAGAGAGGAGAUCUCUGGGGACCACCUAACACCCAGGCAUGCUGACACAGCACAGUCUGAACUAGGUUCCUUGGCCUGUGUUAAGUCUGGGGCCUCAGGAAAUAAUGAGAAAGAUGCUGGCCAUUCUGCCUGCCUUGGUCAAAACUGGCAUUUGGUGACUAUGUUUCCUAUCAGCCACUGUGUGGAUCCACUACUGCUGGCCCUCCGUAGGUCAGAGCUCUUUGAAACAGUCCAGCCUGAGCACCUCAGCCUAAGAUGCAUGAGUGCAUCUCCCUUUUGAGAAGGAUUGUGUAGAUGAGCAAUUGAACCUGCGUCCGCUGACCUUUUCUGCCAUCAGGAACUCUGCUAUGGCCCAGACCGCCGUAGAUAAUUAGGCCUUCGGUUUCCACAUCACAAGGUUUCCUGCACCAAGUACUACCCAGCAUUAUCUGGAGGAAGUCCAGACUUGCAGACCUGGGAGGGAUCGCUUGUCUGGGCUCUCCUUGGGGCCACCAAAGUUGUCGUACCAUCCCCCUCCCAGCUCUAUUCUCUUUUCGGUUUGACAUCUAGCAGACAUAACAGUGACAUCUUCUUGCACCCUUCCAGAGGACAAGUAUUAUUGGGUCUCUCUAAAUGUUACUCUGGUUUUGCCCCAAACAGCCACUUAAAUAUUUUUCUAAGAGUGAUUAAGAACAAAAGCUGCUACCUCUUCAGAUCAGCUCUACCAAGUCACCUCAUGAGUGGGUGCUCCAGAAAUCCAGUUAUAUCAUGUCAUGGUCGUUGCCCCUGGAGGUUCAUAAUCUGCAGUAGAUACAGCGAUGGGGGCAGAUACGCAGAAAGGCAGUUGCUCGCACACUGGUGGCCUGCGGAAAGGCAGCCCAAUGGGGGCAGAGCCUGUGUGAAAAGAAAUACUAAAACCCUAUAUAAACUUAGACCACAUGAUUUUUGCAGCCUUGGGGGCACAUUAAUGGAAACAGCACAGUCACUUCCUUAGGGAAAAACCUGUGGAGUGAGUUAAGGCCCAGAAAGCAGAAAGGUUUGGGAUCACGGUCAGAUCCCGAGAGAGUUUCAGGAAGGAGCACUUCUCCCUUGCCUGCCCCACAGCCUGUCGAUGGCCUCUGCUCCACAUACUGAUACCACAUGGCUUGAGAAACAUUUUGGAGCCCUCUCCCAUGAGUCUGGACUCACGCUCAGCCCCCGUCAGGUAACCAGAGAAGCUGGGAGCAGCCCUUCCAUGGACUCUUCUAGGCUUGAUCAGGUUCUUCAGUAUCUUAGAGAAUGAGAUUACAGGCUCUCAUUCCAUACUGCUUUCAGUAGUUCCUCCUCACCCCAGGGAUGUGGCCAGUACACGAUGUGUAGGUUUCCAAAGUAAAGUGAAAUGUGUAGGUGAUUUUGAGACAUAGAUAUCCAGUGUUGCUUAGGAGGAUCAUGGUCCAUUGCUAAACUAGUAAGUCCCUGUUCUGUUCACUGUGUGCACCUGGUGGCCUGCCACACAGAAUGGCCCGUGGGAUACCGUAAGGUGUCUAAUCAGUGCCUGCUAUUGAGAGAGCUUUCCCUUGUCCUCGCAAUUUGGUGCUCAUAUUUGAAACCUUUACUCCUCUGUGAUCUUAGUGAAUACAGCCUGCUGAGCCUCCAUCUGAGGCCUCUUUGAACCUGAGUUUCAGCUGCUAGAGAAAAACUCUUUCUCUCUUACAUGUCCAUGAGGACCUCCAAAGCAAAUUUUAUUUAUACCAUGUAACCUAUAUAUUUUAAGUUGUACUGUCCCAAAUGUACCUCUGAAAUAUGUUGAGAGCCAUCCAGCCAUUUCUGUAUGAUUCAGUAAAAGAUACUUGGACUUACAUAGAGGGUGAAUACCUUUGGGUGUAAGGAAGGAUUUCCAAACUAACUCCUUUUCCUCCUUUACUUUGAAGCUCAGGCCAGACACCCACCCUCCAGCAUAGGCUGUGUUCUCUGGAAAUGUGAAAUGGAAUGAAGAAAUCUGGGCCCAUCUCAUCCCACUCCUGUCCCUGCCAUCAAGUAUCUCUUAAAAGGGUUUUAGGAAAGGCCCCGUGGCUCCCUGCAGCUGGGCUCCGCCUCCCCUCAUCGUGGUCAUUAUUUCCCUAAAGGACCUUGGUGACUUCCUGCCUCUAGCACCAAUGUCAGACAGACUCAAAAGAGGCAACGAGGGAUCCCAUUAGCCUUGACCCACUUGCGCUCGAAUUAAUCGUGUCUUUUCCUUCGUGGCUUUCCCAAACCUUUUUCUAGGCCAGAGUGAGAGCUGAGACAACAGGGGCAGGUUGUCGUCCCCUCCCCGCCAGCUCUGAGGUUCUGUCUGGGCUGUUCAUUCUUGUCUAUCAGAACCUCGAUGCUUUCUGAAGCUCUUUUUUAGGUGGGAUUUAGCUGCAAAGGGGAUGAACAGAAGUUCAACUUUAUUUUGUAACCCUAUCCUUCCACUUCUUACCAAGUUUGGGGUUGCAUGGCUAAAAAAUGCCUUGGAAGUUUAAAUGUCAUUCAUUGGAGCAGUCUCAUACCUACAUGUUAUUUUGGAUUUGUCUUUACCUGUGGUGUCUCAGUGAAGGAAAUGGAUUCAUAAUCAUAGCAGAAAGCAUCGAAAAGCCUGUGAGUCAGUGUUUUGGAUAUUAUGACAACCAACGGUUAUUUGAUUUUGCAAUACCCUUUGCCCACAUUCUCUUCUCUGUCUGAGCCAUGCAACAGAUUACUUGAGAACCAGGCCCUCGUCCUCUUCGUUUUUAAUCCCCCCUUUCGGGGAUGAAAUAUCAUACACAACAGAGUUCAUUGCACAAAUUUACAGUUUAGCAAAGUAUUAUAAACACCUGUGUAAAUAUGACCCUAAGAUUAUGAAUAUAGUAUCUUCUAGAAGCUUUAUUGUUUCAUUACAUUUAGAUCUACAAUCUACCUGAAGUUUUUAUUUUUGUACAUGGGGUUCAGUAAGGUCAAGGUUUUUUUUUUAUCUGUAUGAAUAUGUACUUCCUCAGCACAACUUAUUGGCAUAAGAGUGUCCCCUCACCCACUGUUCUGAAGUACGUUCUUCUAUUAUAAAUUUGAUGUCAAAAUUAACUCAUCUAGGAACAUAUAAGUAAAAAAAUGAAAUCCUACACUCUCAUCCCUCCAACUCUGCGCCCUACUUCUUUGAGGUAAUAUAAUUCAAUAUAAACAAUUUGGAAUGGAGCCGUUGGUAAUUUAUUCCCUGUGCAUACAAAUAUAUGUAAGGAUAAACAACAUUUGUAUUUAUAAAAACUAUUAAACUCUACAUACUGAAAAUGGC